UGCAAGUCAGCUGAUUUCAUCAUCUCAAAAAUGGAGGUCUCUCCUUCAAACAGUCUAACCGACAUUAGGAGACAGAGCCAGCUGCCUACUCCUCAAGAAUUAAAAGACUUCAUACAAGAUGGUAGACCAGUGACUAGGAGGCCCUCAGUAUUGGAAAAACAGUCAGAAACGUUCCAGUGUUUAUCACUAUCACCAAAAGCCAAGACUUACAAGAAUGUUCUUGGAGCUGGUCUUUCUUUCAUGUUAACUAUGAGUGGCUUGGUAUCUCUCGUGUCCCUACAGAGCAGUUUAAACGAUGCACAAGGACUCGGGCUGGCCACACUGGCCAUCAUGAAUGCGUCUUUUCUUGUUUCUGGUCUAUUUGCAUCAUCCAUCAUUCGUCUAUUGGGCACAAAAUACUCCAUCAUUUUUGCUUUCUCUCUCUCACUCGUAUAUUCCCUCACCAAUUUCUACCCGGAGUGGUAUACGCUGGUUCCUGGUGCCCUAUUUUUUGGGUUCUCCGAAGGCCCCAUGUUUGCCGCCAUGAACACUCAUGUGACAACCAUCGCCAUCAAAUACGCCCCCAAACUAAACGAGAAUCCAGAUCAUCUCAUUGCAUUCUUCAACGGAAUAAUAACAAUGUUUUUCAAACUGUCAUAUCUACCUGGUAACCUAGCUACGACGGCCAUUCUAUUUAGUGAACGCUCCAGCUCUGGUGCUGAUAUUAUCCAGUCUCCUCUGAGUCCAGUCUGUAACAACACUGAGGUUGAGACACUAAACCCGACAUACGUCUACAUCCUCUUGUCAUCUUUUGUCACACUUGCUGUCUCUGCCAUUAUAAUUGCUUGUCUCUUUGUGGAUCAUCCUGGUGCCCUUAGGUCUAAUACUCCAGCUGUUAGGUUCUAUCUGAAGGACCCUGUGAUGGCUACAGUUAGGAUGAUAUUAAAUUGGAAGAUUUUGAGUAUUUUUCCAAUGACACUUCUCUCUUCAUUUACAGCUGCUACUCUCAAUGGAUUAUUGACAAAGGUAUAUGUAUCAGACUGUAUCGGUGUCCAUUGGGUUGGUCUCUUUUCACUGACGUAUGGUACAUGCAGUGGUAUAUCGGCCAUAGUGACUGGUCGACUGGUCAAAUACAUCCCUCAGUUCUUAAUGGUGUAUGGAUUCUCUGCUCUGAUGAUUGGAGACCUGUUGUUCCUGUUAUUGUGGGAUGUCAGUCCAAGUUAUCUCAAAGCAUUUCUACCGGUGGCUGUCUUAGGCGUAUGUGAAGGAAUGUGGCAUGCAGUACCGCCAACCCUUGUAGGAAUGAUAUUUCCUGAUGAGAAGGAACCAGCUUACAGUGCCAUACGUAUGGAACUGGCGAUUGGUUACACUUUAGGAUUUGCGGUGCCUCUCUUUGCUAAUGUAUAUGCAUCCAUUUGGAUUAUGCUAUGUCUGGUCAUUAGCUCUGUCCUCUGCUAUUCUGUUCUUGUUUUCCUUACACUUAGCAAAGACCAGCUGUGUCCUUGCUACAAGUCAGGCAGCAAGAAAAUUUCAAACUAAUUAUUGUUCAUUGAUAGGUGUUAAUUUUUGUUUUAAUCUCAUCAUGAUUUAUCAUUUUUGAUUUUAUCAUCACAAAUCACUUAUGUAUAAUAUUGAUGUUUUUAAUUCCUUUCUGAUCAAUUAUUUAAAUUAUAAUA